UAUAUCACUGGCCCUCAUCCAGCCUUGACUGGACACGCGCCCAACGUGAUGAAGUCAUUUAACCUGUGCGUGAUUUGUUAUGCCUCAAAUAGAAAUGAUAAGAACCUUGCCUAGAACAGGUAUGAAUGUGUGGAGGGAGGGAGGGGAAGGAAGAGAGAGAGAGAGAUGGAGACACGGAGAAACAGGAAGAAAGCCAUAGAGAGACAGGAAAGGGAUAGAGACAGACAAGAGACUGUCCAGUUCAGAAUGUGUAAGUGCUUUAAAUACUGGGUGGCAUUAUUACCGUCUUCUUUUAAAAUUCACACAGUAAUAAUGCACACUGGAGAUCCAUUUUAACCACUACCCUUCCUGGACAUCAAGUCUUUAGAUGAACACAUUCUUUUAUCUAAACUGAGGAUGUUAUAUGUUUAACAUUUCCUACAGAGCUUUCAUGAUGUCUGAGAAAGCAGCCGAAUGAUUACUUGGUACACAACGGUGUCGUUUUCCAGACGAGUGAUUUUAUAGGUAUUUCCUCACGUGGCCAAGAGCAAAGCACUCAGAGUGAUGCCCAAACACUGGACUUCAGUGAGCAGUCUCCAAGCUUGGAAUCUCCAACAGGCUUUCUGAUAAUAGCCUGGACUUUUUUUAUCUGCCUCAAAGGAAAAACACCACCACCAGAGAGCUGAGUGUUCCCAGAACAGACCUGGGGCCACCGUGCAGGCCUGGGGAUCUUAGGAUACAGCGCUGAGUAGCCUGCGGAUUCCCUGGGAGGAUAUCAGGACCUUGACCAGAUGGAAGGAUUUCAGUUAGAGACAAGGAGGGACCCAGGCAGAAACUGGGCUCAAAACCUGAACUCUCAUUGAGACACCUGUCUGUUGGUGAAGGUGACCCCAAGUCAGGCUGCCUGAGCCUUGCACACACCCUCCUGAGCCUCCCCGGGACAGGUGUGGAGGAGGAAGUGGCUUAGGGGUGUGGCUGGGAUCUUGGGACAAGCUCUGUAGUCAAGAAGCCUGGGGAGCGCAAGUAUGCAGGAGGAUCCCGGGGCUCCCUUCCCCCAUUCCCAGAGUGAAAUCAUGCCCUCCAGCUCUUCGGGGUCCACCGGGAAGUCCCCUCAUGGGCCAUCCUCAUCCAGGCCCUCCCACGGUCUUACCUUUGCCCUCUCUAAUCGCUGGGAUCUGCUCCCGGCCUCCAUGGCUGUGUUUAAAGUCCACCUCUGGGGAACACAGGCUGACUGUUCCGAUAAGCCCAGGCACGGGGCUGUGUGUGUCCCCAGGCUUCCUGGGACCCUGGCUGGGGUGGGGGACGAGCGCAGCGUCCUACUGGCGGGCAGGAUGAAGCUGCCCUGCGGCUUCUUCCUCCUGUGGCUUGGCCUGGCGGGCAGCCUGGCUCAGAGCGACCCCAGCCCCAAGGGAGAGGAGUCUUACUCGGACUGGGGCCUUCGGCACCUGCGGGGCAGCUUCGAGUCGGUCAACAGCUACGUGGAUUCCUUCAUGGAGCUGCUGGGAGGGAAGAACGGAGUCUGUCAGUACCGGUGCCGAUACGGAAAGGCGCCGAUGCCCAGACCUGGCUACAAACCUCAGGAGCCCAAUGGUUGCGGUUCCUAUUUCCUGGGCAUCAAGGUACCAGGAAGUAUGGACCUGGGCAUCCCGGCGAUGACCAAGUGCUGCAACCAGCUGGACGUCUGCUACGACACCUGCGGUGCCAACAAAUACCGCUGUGAUGCGAAAUUCCGAUGGUGUCUCCACUCCAUCUGCUCUGACCUCAAGCGGAGCCUCGGCUUCGUCUCCAACGUGGAAGCAGCCUGUGAUUCUCUGGCCGACACCGUGUUCAACACCGUGUGGACCCUGGGCUGCCGACCCUUUAUGAACAGUCAGCGGGCAGCUUGCAUCUGUGCAGAGGAGGAGAAAGAAGAGUUAUGAAGACGCAAAUCUUUCAGGCUUUGAGUGACACCACGGCUCCACUUCAGAGAUGGCGGUGGACGGAAGGGCCAUCCUUUCUUCCAACCCUUUGGAGACUGUGGGCUGGAGAAGGGAGAUAGCAAGCCUUGUCCUUUGAGGAAAGUUAAGAAAAAAGAGAUGCAGAGGCUGAAGACUGUCCACUCUAACACUGGUCUCCCAGUCAAGACUCAUGAGCCUGGAAAUUCAGUUCUCAGAACAGCAAGCAGAUACCGCGCCAUUCCUAGAUCCGAUCACGAUAGUCACAAGCGAAAUCUGGGGGAGCCCAAACAUUUGGGAGACAAUGACUUUCCUCUGGCCCAUGUUUCAGUUGCCAGUGAGCACCUCACAUUUAAUAAAGUGCACUUUUUAGAAAACAUGAAGAGAGAUGAAUGAAUUCCGUUCUCACCGAUAGUUCUAUUUCGCUUAACGAGAACAGAAUCUGGCCUGGUAAGUUCUGCCAAUGAGGAUUCUCCCGGGGGCUCGAGAGACAACAGGUGGGAGAGCGGAGGCCUGGCGGAUAAAGGUGGGCUGGAAUAGGUCCCCGAGGUUCCAUUUCUCCCUCCAGUAGCCUGCCUCAGGUGGUAUGUUUGGUCUGCCCUGGUUGGUAUGCUCAGACUCGUAGCUGCGUGAGAGUCGUUUGAAGAUCUGAGAUGUGUCUGGUUAGGGCUAGAAGACAUGCUUGCAGCUGACAGGGAGUGACGGGCCAGUCCCUAAAUUGUGGCCCUCAGUACUGACCAUGGAUUAGGAGUUCGUGUGGACCCUCUAAAUGGAGGCAGCCAAGACUCUGUUUGCUGUUCCUGGGCCACCUAUGACACUCUGCAGGUGUCCUGUUGCCCUGAGAAGGCCACCAAUCUGGACCAACAAAGUCACACAGGCCAGCUUCAGUCCAAGGCCCGCUGUUUUGUGUGGCCAUUGAGAGCACAGCCACGGUCACUUUUUUAUGUUUGUUUCUAUUUGUUUAAAGCUGCUCUCACCCUGUGACGUCAGAGAAAGAGAGGUAUGGCAGAGAGUAAAAGGUCCCAAAGUCUGAAAUAGUCAUCAUUGACCAUGUAGAGAAGCAUUUCUGCUCUCUGACCCGAAAUUCCUACUUCCUUUCUUCCUAAUUUCAUUAAGUUGAACCAGAAUUGUCAGUCUCCCCACAUGGUAAUUAAAGAGAAAAAGAAGGAACUGUCCGUUGCAACCGCUUUGAGAAAGAAAAAGAACUCUUCGCUGAUCAUCUUGUCAAGUCGGGAGUUAACUGGAAUAUCAAGGAGCCAUAUUCAACCGCAGAUAACAUUUAUCUUUGUAGUUUAUGAUAUUUAUUUCAAUAA